AUGCUGGGGCUGCGCCACCUGGUGAUGGCGCGGCGCAGGCCGGGCUGGGGCGCGGCGCCGAGCGGCCGCCAGGCUUCCGCACGUGCCUGGCGCGCCGCGCCCGCCGCGCGCCGCGCCGACCGGGACCGCGACGCGCACGUGGCGGCCUUCGCGCUCUACGAGCUGGCUGUUCGACAAUGGAGUAGAUUGUCAACUCGGCGGCAGUUUAUUGACAACCGGCAUAAGCCAGGCUCGCGAUCCGUGUUCGCUCAUUUUUUUUCUGAUGCAGUGAUUAUCCGCUUUUCAGACCAGAUAUAUACACGUCAUUCUAUAUGCAUCCCAUCUACAUUAUAUGUUAACGUGCAGCAUGGAAGUAAUCAACAUUACCGAUUGUUUCUUUUGCCUCAAGCUUUUCAAGGGCUUGUCAACGGGGUUCGUGCCGUAGCAAUUCAGACCUCCCAAGAACUUGACACGAUUGCUCAUUUUCAAACGUUCUCGAUUGUAGUACGAAUUCUCGACGCUUCAGUUGUAAAGUUACGCGUGUUGGAGCAAGAAGGCCAGGUCAAAAGAACCUUCAUGACGCUGGAUGAAGGGCGCCAACUGCUGCGGCGCGCGCAGAGCGCGUACAAGGCCUAUGACUUCGAGAACCGCCUGAGCCUUUUGCGCAUGCUAGUCCCCCCACGCGGAAUUUCUGUAGAGGACUCCGUCCUCACGGCCAAAGACUCGGCGGACGACGAUAGCACUGUUAGAUGA